CCCCGCCCGGGGCUGUGUGUCCGUGCGCUCCCUCCCUCAGCCCCGGCCCCCGCGGUUCGCGGUUCGCAGCCCGCUACCGGCCCUGGUCCCCGGACAGAGCCCGCCCCGGAAUGAGGCAGACCCUCCUUCUGUCCCCUUCUGCGUGGGCUCCAUCUGGGCCAGCCUGAGGGGAGCUUUACCAUCAAUAGCGGCUGUGUUAGAGGGGUUCCCUCUGUUCGGGAGCGGCUCUCCCCGGUCCCGUGAGGAGACGCGCCUGAAGGAUGAGAGGCAAUUCACUCGCUGUCAAAGUAAUUUAAGUGAUUUUCUAGCAUGGACACUGUUGCUAGCCAUAGCUGUCAUCUUCUCCAGCAGCUACAUGMACAGCGUAUUCAGGGGCUUCUCUGUGACUGCAUGCUGGUGGUGAAAGGAGUCUGCUUCAAAGCACACAAAAAUGUAUUAGCUGCUUUCAGUCAAUAUUUCAGGACCCUUUUCCAGAAUUCUUCRGGCCAGAAGAAUGAUGUGUUUCACUUGGACAUUAAAAAUGUAGGUGGUAUAGGCCAGAUCCUGGACUUCAUGUACACCUCUCACCUGGAUCUUAGUCAGGACAAUGUACAAGCUAUGCUGGACAUUGCCCAGUGUCUCCAAGUGCAAAAUGUGCUGAACAUYUGCCAUACCUUUUUAAAAUCUUCCACAGCUGUGGAGCAAGCRGCCAGCAUGCCUUGUAAUAGUGUCUUUUCACUGCAGAAUACUUUGGGUACGGAUACCAACUGUGCUAGUGAGGGCUAUGGGACAAACCUGCUGCCUGAAUGCUCAGCUGACACACAAACUAGCAAAGCCUUGGCUGAGCAGCACUCACAUGCAUCUCAGUCUGGUAAUCUGCACACCCCCUCUGGUGAUGCACAGAAACAGCCACAAGACUCCUUAGAGGGCAACUGCACGGAGCUGCCAUUUAAACAACCAAAUUACUAUUAUAAACUCCGCAACUUUUACAGCAAACAGUUCUAUAAACAAAAYGCUUGCUCUGAUCAUGACAGAGCAGCUGAACCAUCCUUUUCUUACAACUCAUCCACAGAAAUAAACACAGUGGAGAAYAAUUCUUGCACUGUCAAUCACUCUGAGUGCAUUCUGGAAACCUCUGAUCAUUUACCGUCAAACUUUCUGGUUCAGUCUGCGAAUGAAGCUGCUCCAGAACAAGAUGCAGAGAGCACAGUUAUGCAGCCCACCAGACAGAUGCGGCUCAAAAAGGCAAUACACCUCAAAAAGUUAAAUUUUCUAAGAUCUCAGAAAUCAGCAGAGCAGCCACCUGAGCCCCAAAGAGAUGACAGUAGAAUAACAGAAGUAAUGGAACCUGUAAAUGAAAGUACCACGGACACGACAGAUGUUAGAGUUACUGAUGAAAARGAGGCUGAAGAUUUAGGGAAUUCUGAGAAUUUUGAACAAACUGUUGAAAUGGAAAGAUCUGAAGAUCCUUCGGAACAAGAAGGACAAUCACAGACUCUUCAGUCACAGAAACAAUAUACUUGUGAGUUAUGUGGGAAGGCUUUCAAACAUCCAAGCAAUUUGGAGCUGCAUAAAAGGUCUCAUACAGGUGAGAAACCUUUUGAAUGUAACAUUUGUGGGAAACACUUCUCACAGGCAGGUAAUCUCCAGACACAUUUACGUCGUCAUUCUGGUGAGAAGCCAUACAUUUGUGAAAUCUGUGGGAAAAGAUUUGCUGCUUCUGGUGAUGUACAGCGUCAUAUUAUUAUUCAUUCAGGAGAAAAACCUCACCUGUGUGAUAUCUGUGGCAGAGGUUUCAGUAACUUCAGUAAUUUAAAGGAGCACAAAAAGACCCAUACAGCAGACAAAGUAUUCACCUGCGACGAAUGUGGGAAGUCGUUUAAUAUGCAACGAAAAUUGGURAAGCACAGAAUAAGGCACACUGGAGAGAGACCAUACAGCUGUUCAGCUUGUGGGAAAUGUUUUGCAGGCUCCGGUGAYCUGCGCAGGCACGUGAGGACGCACACGGGGGAGAAGCCCUAUACCUGUGAGACGUGUAACAAGUGCUUCACCCGCUCGGCCGUCCUGCGGCGCCACAAGAAGAUGCACUGCAAGGCCUCUGAGGAGGGGCCCAACACCCUCGAGGAGUUGGCUCAAGGGAUUGAAACCUCAGACCUUGACAAGUCCCAGAGCUCUGACUCUUUUGGCCAAGAYAUGUCUGUUACGUUGUUACCCGUGUCUGUUAAAUUUCCCCUUCGUCCGGCUGUGAACUCUGCUGAAUUUGACGGUUCCGGAGAUUCCUACUGCAAGUUACGAUCAAUGAUCCAGCACCACGACUCUGCAAACCCGGAGAAACUCAGUGUGGAUUCUGCUAAGGUGCUGAAAGCCCAGGCACAGCAGACUCCACUAGCAGCACCCCCAUAUGGCUAUGCAGACGUGGAUGUGUCCUCAGCAGAGGAACCCUUGCAGUCUGACGGCAUCCCCAUGAUCCGCUCCUCCGGGGCUGGCCUGGACAGUGACCCUCUGGGCAGCCGGRCCUCCUCUGCCCCUUACAAGAGUAACGAGGGCCCCUUCUUCUCCAGCAUGACCCUCUGGGGCUUAGCCAUGAAGACCUUGCAAAAUGAAAGUGAAUUGGAACAGUGAGGGAUCAGCUGACUGCACCAAAACUUCUUAGAGGCAUUUCGUGCUAAUGUGAUUGCAAUUGCACUGCAGCAUGGAGAGAUCACAGGUAGUUUUUAAGCCAGGUAGCRUGGGCACUGACAGGAAUCAAAGUGUGUAUUCCCAGAACCCUGUGUAGGCUGCCUUUAUUUACACUACUUCUCAGCAAAGUGUAAAUGCACUGUUGGGGACCUUCAUUGUUCUGUGACUGCACUGUGUGGCUUAUGUUAUUGCCAUGAUUUACUAAAAUUUGCCACUGACUAAAUUUUCCAUUUAACUUGGAAUUUUUUACCUGGUGAUGGAGGAAAGAAUGGCCAGUGUCUAAUUUCAUUAUGUUCUAAUUUCAUGAGUAUAAUUCCAAGUAUGGGUUAUCAGAGCUGUGUAAGGGUGUAGAUAUGACAGGAGGAAAAUCCCUAGUGAACCUGAGUUUCAGUAGUGGCUUUCUUACCAGUAGGGUCAUUGGUUUACAGGACCUGAGUAUUGUGGCAUUGAAUUUAAAUGUUAAAUACUGGACAAUAUUUGUGAUAGUGCAAAGUAACUGUAUAUCUAGAAACUUUAUUUUUUUACAACAAAAGCUUUUUUUAGUAUUUUAUAAACUAUUUUGCACAGCAGAUUAUUUGUAUAAUGAAGGCCAAGAUCAAGUCGUGAAUAAAGGGAAGUUGUUUUACAUUGCUUGAUGUGUUUAAUCUUUCUAUGAAGGAUUUUUGGUAGUGGCUCCAUCUAUUCCAGGUAUCUUUACAAUGCUAAUGGGGAURCCACCACAAGAAGAGCUGCACUAUAAAAUAAAUGCAAUCAAUACAGCAGUGGUUUGUCUUGUACUUGAAUGAGUAUAAAACAUUGGCUGAUUAAUGGAAUAAAUAGACUGUUACAGGAUAGGAAUGUUGCUUAGAGGCCUUUUUCUGCUUUGCUGAUUUGAAUGGUUG